UUACUGGAAGAAGACCUUUUCUUAAAUGUACACGUUGAGCUAUAUGAGAUACUGUAUCAUAACUAAAUAGCAAAUGAAACUUUCAGUUUUAUAUCAAAUGUUACACCGAAGCCAGUAAUCCUAAAAAACUGAAAGCUAGGCGGCUAGAAGAAACAACUUCGCCUGUAAUCUUUCUGAGUAACCGUCUCUCUACUGUAACGGAAACAAAAAGAGCACAUGUUAGUAGCGGCUGGGAUCAUUCUAUGGUGCUGUGGAAUACUAAGUCACGGACAAAUGCUGCGCCACCAGGGCUUGCUGAAGAGCCGCUGUUGCGUCUUGUUCAGUGACCUGAAGGUUUUUCUGCUCAGGCCGCCGGCUCCUUCGACUCCGCCACCUCACUUCAUCCCCAUGAGCGGCGGAGAUCCACACAACCAAUGCAGCACCGUCUCAUCCGCCAGCAGCGCUCACGAUAACAACAAUACCUUGAUAAGUUACCCCCAGCGGGCAGCUUGGGUGUCGCCGACGGUAGGGGGCGCUGCACGGGAAGAGGUCGAGGUGUGGGUCGGACCCGCAGCGGAGCUCUCGGCGUCCCUUGUGAGCAGCUUCUCUUCGGAUGAUUUGAACAAAACGAAAACGGAGGACCACUUCUCGUUGAGCAGCAGCUCGGAGAGUGGCAUCCGGACACCACUGUGCAGGAUCUGCUUCCAGGGAGCCGAGCAGGGAGAACUGCUCAGCCCGUGCCGUUGUAGUGGAUCGGUGCGCUGCACUCACCAGCCCUGUUUGAUCAAGUGGAUCAGUGAGCGUGGCUCCUGGAGUUGUGAGCUCUGCUACUACAAAUACCACGUCAUCGCUAUUAGCACCAAGAACCCAUUACAGUGGCAAACAAUCUCACUGACGGUGAUUGAGAAGGUGCAGAUUGCGGCAGCCAUCCUGGGAUCCCUCUUCCUUCUUGCCAGCAUCUCAUGGCUCAUCUGGUCCUCCCUCAGCCCAUCUGCCAAAUGGCAACGCCAGGACCUGCUCUUCCAGAUCUGCUACGGCAUGUAUGGCUUCAUGGAUGUUGUCUGUAUUGGUUUAAUUUUCCAUGAGGGUCCUUCAGUGUAUCGCAUCUUUAAGCGGUGGCAGGCUGUAAACCAGCAGUGGAAAGUUCUCAACUAUGACAAAAUGAAAGACAGUGAGGAUCAGAAAAUGGUAGCAAGUCCUAGGCACGUGGAGCAACAGACUCAGAGCAUCAGCCAAGCAGGUGUGCCCUCCUCCACUUCUUCCUCACUUGCAGCUGCUGCCGCCACCACCACGAGUGCCACUCCAGACUCCUUAGAGAUCACUGCAGCGACGGUACUUCCACUGGGCUCUACCAGUAGCACUGGGCCAUCGCUAAUGGACAACCACUGUACUUAUUCUAUUUUGCACCUGCUUAGCCACCUCCGGCAACAAGAGCCGCGAGGGCAGGCUGGCAACAGCAAUCGAGAGUUAGUUAUGAGAGUAACCACAGUCUGAUGAGUUUAUUUUUCUUUAGGCCUUAUUGGUAGGAAUUGAUGAAGAAAAAAGGCUUAAAGGCAGACAAGUAAUUGCUUCCUGGAAAAAGGAGUUAAAUGCUCCACCUAAGCAUCAGGUGGUCCAGCAAGGUCAUCGGUGUGUAGCUUUCGGUAGGUGAGCAACAACAUGAAAAUCUGGAUGCAGGAAGCUCUUGGAUCAAGUCACUCACAGUUGGGCUUGUUAAUUGAGCAAUUUAUGACAGGUUCAGAUACGAGUAUUUUGUGCUCCUAGACUGAGAAUUUUUGGCUGUUACGGGGUAUUACAGGUCCUGUAGAUUUAUUUUAAAUGAAACUGAGGCUGCUAUGCAGUCUAAACAGGCCCUUGGGUUGGCACCUUGCAUCUCUGAAUUACAGCAGAAAUUGCAACCUUACUGAAAACUGUCAAAGAAUGUAUGAAGUAUACUUUCUAAUUUGUGAAGAAUGGAAAAAUGACAUGACAUCCCUUUUUGUACUGCUCUAUACACACACACAUGCCAGCCUUAACUAUGACCAAAAUCUCACAAAAUAAGGUAAUGUUAAGCCAUGGCAGAGAAUAGCAGCAGGUUAGCUGCCUGGUACUCUGCAGCCACAACAGAUGUGGAGAAUCAUCAGGAGUUCAACUUCAUUAAAGUCUUAUUUGGAAAGCCACUUGGUAAUUGUAACAACAGUUGUUGUCUUUUAUUCUAAUCAGAAAAUGAUGUCUGGCAUUCUGCCCAGAGAAACACCUAUUAGGAUUUUUUCAACAUUCCCCCCUUUCCCUGCAAAACAUUGCUGGGAGUGCCCUAUGCAACACCAAUUGCCCAGUAUCCCCAGACAGAUUUGGCCAGUAUCUCCAUGCAGAUUUGGUCCAAAUGUCUAGUCCAUUUCUCAUCUGGUAACAUCAACAAAGCACAUUCAUGCAUUUAUUCUCUGGGAGUCUGUAAGCCAUCCACCAUCCAGCAGCAGCUUUUUGGAAUUCUGAAGAAAUCCUUCUUUUUAAUUAGACUCCAGAUGUCAACAAUUACCACAGUCCUGGUUUGUAAAGACAUCAUAAUCCCAAUAAAGUGUUUCUGACAUAUUCUGCUCAUCAUA